AGUGGUAAAACCGUCCUUACGUUCUCGGUAUUGAUUGGCAGCGCUGACAGUGAUUGGCAGCGGUUGCCAUGGCGACGCCACAACGACACGCCGCAGACCAAUAGAAAAGCGAAACAAAAUGUUUCAAUGCCGCACUCACUGUGGAUUUAGGGGAGAUAUUAUGAGGCUGUUGUCAUUAGGGCGAUCGCGGCGGAGUCGCUGAAUCCUGCUCGGCGCGGCCCGCGCGGCUCCGGCCCGGCUCGGCUCGCUGCGCGCGCGCCGCUUCCUCCCUCUAUGCGGCCGCGCGGGGGUCAGCCCAUGGUUUUCCGCUCCCCCCUAGACCUCUGUUCCUCCCACUUCUUGUUGUCCAACUUGGCGGAGUCUCACCACCGCGCCCCACUUCUGGCGAGCGGCGGCGGCGGCGGCUCCAGGGCGCCCCCGGAAGACCCGUCCAUGUUCCAGCUGCCCACCCUCAACUUCUCGCCGGAGCAGGUGGCCAGCGUCUGCGAGACGCUGGAGGAGACGGGCGACAUCGAGCGGCUGGGCCGCUUCCUCUGGUCGCUGCCCGUGGCGCCCGGGGCGUGCGAGGCCAUCAACAAGCACGAGUCCAUCCUGCGCGCGCGCGCCGUGGUGGCCUUCCACACGGGCAACUUCCGCGACCUCUACCACAUCCUGGAGAACCAUAAGUUCACCAAGGAGUCGCACGGCAAGCUGCAGGCCAUGUGGCUGGAGGCGCACUACCAGGAGGCCGAGAAGCUGCGCGGCCGCCCGCUCGGCCCGGUGGACAAGUACCGCGUGCGGAAGAAGUUCCCGCUGCCGCGCACCAUCUGGGACGGCGAGCAGAAGACGCACUGCUUCAAGGAGCGGACUCGCAGCCUGCUGCGGGAGUGGUACCUGCAGGACCCCUACCCCAACCCCAGCAAGAAACGCGAACUGGCGCAGGCCACCGGCCUCACUCCCACGCAGGUCGGCAACUGGUUCAAGAACCGGAGACAGCGCGACCGCGCCGCGGCGGCCAAGAACAGGCUCCAGCACCAGGCCAUCGGGCCGAGCGGCAUGCGCUCGCUGGCCGAGCCCGGCUGCCCCACACACGGCCCUGCAGAGUCGCCCUCCACGGCAGCCAGUCCCACCACCAGCGUGUCCAGCCUGACGGAGCGCGCGGACACCGGCACCUCCAUCCUGUCGGUAACGUCCAGCGACUCGGAAUGUGAUGUAUGAUGGCCAAGGCCGGCCCUUCCGCGCCCUCCCUCCCCUCCCUGCCCUCCGAGGCCUCCUCGGUCCCCAGAACCAGCCAGAAUCAGGACACACCAUCGUACACGCACGCAAGCACACACUCCCACCCCAGCAAAACCUAAAACGCAGGAGAAAUAAGUCGAGCUCAGCCCAUGAACAGCCCCAGCUACCGUCUGCCACCACCGUCACCCCAAACGCCCGAUCGCCGCAUGCAGGACCAAGCGGCCGGCACACACAAGGUGACAAUUGUACACUUUCUGGGACAAGCUUCUCCUCCGGUCCCCUCGGACCGGCACCCCACCUGCAUGAUGAUUUAUUUGUAUCUGGGAAAAUAUUCUCUCUAGUUUAAAACGAUCUAAAAGCGUCUACUGUAACAACAGCAGCAACAACAACAACAAACCACAAUGAGACAACAAAAGCUAAACAGACAAAAAGAGAAAAAAAAAUGAAACUGCCAUCUCCGUUCUUGAAUUUGUUUUUGAGAAAAAAAAAAGAACUGGAGAGGAAACGGCCGAGGCCCGCCCUUUGUUGCCCGCGCGCUCUUUCCUCCUCUGUUCUGAAGUCUAAGUAUCGGUCAGACAAGAUGCAAUCCUGUUUUUUGUUCAGCAGACAAUCAUUUUCUUCGUAAGCACCUUUUUCUCUCCACUCUGUCACUGCCUGUGUGGGUACUGGUUAUAAAUGUGGAAAAAGAAUAGUUAUGACUGUAACAGAUUUUUAUUUUUAUUUCAAAAUUUUAUAUGAAUUAUGUAUAUCUUAAUGAUCGGUCAUUUUCCCAGUUUGUAAUAUAUGUGUAGAAAUUGCCUGUAUAUGAUAUUGCUUCCCCCCCUUCUCUCUCCUCCCCUUUCCUCCACCUCUACUCACCUCACCUUUCCUCUGGGCACCCCCCACCCGCUUGGCCGCCCUGUGGGUCCGGUGCGGUGGUGUGGGUUAGGAAGAGGGACCCGUCCUUGCGAAAGCGGAGAGUGAGCCCUUAGUAUUCUUAUGCAAAGGCGAUUUCCGUACUUCUCAGCUGCUUUGGCGAGACCGCUCACUCUCACCGGGCUUUCACUGUUCUCUUAACUGCGUGUUUAUCUAUAUGUAAAAACUUUCUAAAGCAAAUACAGUAUUCUCCAUUUUCUUAUCA